GAAAGGAGAGACGGAGAGGGAGAGCGAGCGAGAGAGAGAGAGAGAGAGAGAGAGAGAGCAUAAAAGAGACACACAUAUCCACAUAGUACAUACACAUACACACACACACACACACAAACACACACAGACACACAAGGGUUUGUACACACAUACACACACAGUCUGUAUUUGUGUUUUGGAGAAGACAAAGUAAGUACAGCUUGGUCUUGGGUGAGUGGGCGGGGCCUGUAGACUCCGCCCCCUUUGAAGGGAGGGUAUAUAAGGAGGUGCGGCGGCAGGCGGGAGCUCAGUAGCUCAUUGGCAAGGAUGCGGAGCCUCAAGCACCUGAAGCCUCAUAACAGGAGGAGUGCGGAGGAGAAGACACAGCGGGCAGUCCAAUGCCCGUCUGAGGUCAUGCGUGGGCGCGCGGAGGUGGGCACUCAGACGGAGCCAGUGGUGGUGCUGUCGCUGGCGCAGGCCGCCGUGCUCGGCCUCAUCUCGCAGAACGAGGUCUUCGGAGCCACCAUCGCCCCCAACGGAUUCUACACGGGCGACCCCAAAGAGUCCCCCGCACCCCCCGGAGAGAGGAUGGACUACGAGUACGCUGACCAGCUGAUAGGGGCCAACGGAGAUUACCUGGGCCAGAACGGCCUGGUGGAGGACGGAGGAGGUGGAGGAGGAGGAGCAGGGGGAGGUGGAGGAGGAGGAGGAGGAGCACACAUGCCCCCCGGCGCCCACCCGGACUGCGGAGACCGCCGCUGGCACGGACCCCCACACGACGGCCCCAAACCCCCCACGGGCCACCCGGACCCCACCGGAGUCAAAGGUGAAGGGUCAUCCUCCGGAUCCGGCCUGCCCCCUUGUGGCCACAUGAUGACCGGCAUGCCCGGCGGGAUGGGCGAUCCGGCAGGAGGGUACAGGCUGGCGCACAAGGACCCCUUGCCGCCCCCUCCGCCACAGCACGCCGGCUGCCCAGACUGCCUGCGCGAAGCCAAGAGCUCCCACACUCCGACGCCGCAGGGAGACCCCCACGGGCACCCGCACGGGGGCCACCACCUGCACCCGCACGGACCCCCACACGGCCACCCGCACUCCCAGCCACACACCUCCGCAGGAGGCCACGGCCACCCCCCGGGCAAGAGAGGAGGAGGAGGCGGCGGCGCUGGAGGCUCGGUCGGAAACAACGACGACCGGGGAGGAGAUGAGAACGGCCGCAACCGCGCCACCCCCGGCGGAGACGAGGACAUGAGCGGCUACUUCCAGCACAGCGACGUGGGCGGCUACGAGUCCAGCGAGAUGGGCGGCCCCGGCGGAGAGUUUGAGGAGAACAGCCAGGGCAUGUUCUGGAACGACCCGGGAGAGGGUGGCGGAGGCGGAACAGGAGGAGGUGGUGGUGGAGGAGGAGGAGGAGCAGGAGGAGGAGGAGGAGCAGCAGGAGGUGUGUCUGGAGGGGGCACAGGCAGAGGGGGUGGCAGAGGCAGGGGACGAGGUGGCGGCGCCCACCAUCACCACCACCACCAUCACCACCACCACCACUCGGGUCGCCGCAUCGACCGGCUGGACAUCAACAUCCAGAUCAACGAGUCGUACUGCGUGGACGUGGGCGAGGGCCUCCGGCGCUGGAAGUGCCGCAUGUGCGACAAGUCCUACACCUCCAAGUACAACCUGGUGACGCACAUCCUGGGCCACAACGGCAUCAAGCCGCACGCCUGCCCGCACUGCGGCAAGCUCUUCAAGCAGCCCAGCCACCUGCAGACGCACCUGCUCACGCACCAGGGCACGCGGCCGCACAAGUGCACCGUCUGCAAGAAGGCCUUCACGCAGACCAGCCACCUGAAGCGGCACAUGCUGCAGCACAGCGACGUCAAGCCCUACAGCUGCCGCUUCUGCCGGCGCGGCUUCGCCUACCCCAGCGAGCUGCGCGCCCACGAGGCCAAGCACGAGCGCGGCCGCUGCCACGUAUGCGCGCAGUGCGGCAUGGAGUUCCCCACCUACGCCCACCUCAAGCGCCACCAGGCCAGCCACCAGGGGCCGCACGCCUUCCAGUGCGCCCAGUGCCACAAGAGCUUCCCCUACCGCAGCCAGCUGCAGAGCCACAUGCUCAAGCACCAGCCGGGCCGCUCCUACGCCUGCUCGCAGUGCGGCCUGCAGUUCCAGCAGCUCUACCUGCUGCGCCAGCACGCCUUCACGCACAAGGGCAGCACGCCCACCACGCCCCGCGUCAAGGGACGCAAGGGCUUCAAGUGUGACGUGUGCGCUCGUGAGUUCACCCUGUCGGCCAACCUGAAGCGUCACAUGCUGAUCCACGGCAGCGUGCGCCCCUUCCAGUGCCACGUCUGCUUCAAGUCCUUCGUCCAGAAGCAGACGCUCAAGACCCACAUGAUCGUGCAUCUGCCCGUCAAGCCCUUCAAGUGCAAGGUUUGUGGGAAGUCCUUCAACCGAAUGUACAACCUGCUGGGCCACAUGCACCUGCACGCGGGCAGCAAGCCCUUCAAGUGCCUCUACUGUCCCAGCAAGUUCACCCUGAAGGGAAACCUCAGCCGCCACAUGAAGGUCAAACACGGCAUGGACGUCUCUCCCGACGGACAUGAAGGCGAGGUGCUAAAGCAAGAAGAUGACUCCGACGCCCCGCCGGAGCUGGAGCCCCAGGAGGACUACGAGGAGGAGAACUUUGACUUCGCCCCGCCGGAGAACAUGGAGAACAACGAGGCGCCCAACCUCACCAAGCUGUCGGAGGUGGCCAUCCAGGAGCUGGACUAUUACAACUUUGGCAAGGACGUGGGCAACUUCAACUCGGCCUGAGAAGCCAGAGGAUAGGGGCCACCGCCGCCCUCACAAACACACAUACGCACAUACACACACACACACAGUAUAUAGACACAACUUAACCUUAUCCCAACGAAAUGAUUCGAACCCCCUGACACCUCCCCACUCCUUACCUCUGCCACAUAACAGAUGACAUACACCAGCUAACACAUACACUCACACAUCGGCAAACACACACACACACACACACACACACACACACACACACACACACACACACACACACACACACACACACACACACACACACACACACACAUAUGUAUACACAUACACGCACACACAGACAAAAACACAUGCACACUCUUACACAUGAAUGAACCCAUGAACCUGAUGCCAGCACUUGUCUGGUGCCUCCUGACUGACCUUGUGUGUGUGUGUAAAGACAGAACUCGACCCCAGGGGGAGUCCUAGAGGGGGCGCUGCAGUGGAGGGCAGCUACCAUCUUUUGCCCCGUCCUCACUGUGCCGUCAUUGGGCUUCAGUUUCCACUGAGGGACCACAUGAGUCUGGAGACACGCAUACACACACACACACACACACACACACACACACACACACACACACACACACACACACACACACACACACACACACACACACACAAGCGCGCGCGCACACACACACACACACACACACACUCACAUAGACAUAUAUAUAUACACACACACAUCCCUCAUACCCCCACACUUACAGCUUCCUCUUCCCUGCCCCCCCCAACCCCCCUCUUCAAAAGCAGCGAUGGAUGGACCUUCUGAAAGUCUACAGCGCUGGGACUGUUUUCAGACUGGAAGUUCCAUACACACAGGAAGCUCUAGUGUGGUGUUCCUGCAUAUUAAAGAAGAAGAAGAAAAAAAAGAGAACGUGCAUUUGCAUUGUGGUCAUAUUAGAGGUGAAAAAUAUUUAAAGGACUGUUCUUCAUCUUCCAUAAUCCACCUGUCCUGUUACUUUGGUGAGAGAGAGCGCAUGUUGCAUAUGUUUAUGGGUGGAGUUGAACAAGAGUAGGUAUGUUGUGUGGGAGAAAAGAAUGGGAGAAGGUGUUUGUGCGUGUGUGUGUGUUUGGGUGUCUGUGUGCGUCUGUGUGUGCGUGCGUGCGUGCGUGAGUGUGUGCGUGCGUGUGUGUGUGUGUGUCCGUAAAAGCGUUUCCAGUUUCAAAAAGUAAAACCUGCAGUGCAUUGGUUUUGUGUUUGCACCUAACCAAGGGGAUGCCACUUGACUGCUAUGGGCCCUGGUUGCAAUUAGUUGACAACACAAAAUGGUCAGAUGGUAGUGAAAGCGAAAAGUGACAGCCUACCCGGGAAACUCCAACUCCCAUUGUCAUUGUGACACUGCACUCAGUGCUCACUGCACACAGCGAAAUUGCAUGUAUGCCUCGCACAUGCAAGGGGGCAGCCCCCAAUGGCGCCCCAAGGGGCCCUACCUUCUUGGCCAGGACUCACCUUCUUGGCCAGGACUCCCUGGAAGAAGAGUUAGUCUAACUCAAUGGGACUUUCCUGAUUAAAUAAAGGUUAAAUAAAUAAAACAUAAAAGGGAGCAGUGCUGUGGGAUGGUACCAUGCUUAGGGUACCUCAGUCAUGGAGGAGGAUGGGGGAGAGAACCGGUUAAUUACUCCCCCCACCAACCUGGCGGGUCGGGAAUCGAACCUUUGGGAUACAGGUCUGAUGCCCUAACCACUUACCCAUGACUGCCCCUUAGAAUAGAUAGAAUACAGCAUGUGACGGGUGUCUUUACUUUCUGAAGCCAGAAUUGGUACGUAUGUACGUGUGUGUGCAUGCGUGCGUGUUUGUGUGUGUGCGUGUUUGUGUGUGUGUGAGUGUAGGAGGGGAAGGAUGUGUGUGUAUGUGUGAUGUUUACCCCCUCCCUUACCAAAGCUCUUGCCAUACGACAGACCAUUACAAUACAUUACCCCAAACAAUUAGUGUCCUGACCACUGACUACCCACCACACCACCACCACCACCCUAGAAAGAAAGAAAAAGCAACUACGCCUGACCCAUGCCCUGGGACCUGAGGUUGUCCGGUCCCUCAAAACCUAAUGGUUUAGUACUGUGAGAUAUAUCUCAGUUUAAAAAGAAAAAGUAUGUUUAAAAAAAAAAAAAGAAGAAAAAAAAACGGUGUACUUAACUCUAGGUCUCAGUAUAGUCAUUUAGCUCUUCAUGGACUAACUUUCAUUGUUGGCAAGAACUUGUGAUCCUUCAUUCCUUCUGGCAUCUGCUUUGUUUGAUUGCUGAGGUUGUUCUAGCGCAUUCUGAGUUCCGAUGCCCGUUCACGUUCAAUUUUUAGUCAUCUGAGGAACUGCAAUCUUAACAUCCGAGAAAAAAAAGAGAUUACAGUUUUUCGUUACUGAAUGCUAUUUAUUUUGCACUUUUUUGAUGGAAACACACUUAAAAAAGAGAAGGGGAGGGUUAAAGAGAACUCAAUUCAAGUAUUUAGCCACUAACCUUCCUUUUGGCUGGUUUUCUGGUGAAGCCUUAAACCUUUUAUCCUGGAAUUUUAUUUUUGUUUAUGAAAAAAAAAUUAAAAGUUUCUUUGUUUUUAUUUCUGUUACAGCUUCCAGUGUAGACUAGCUCUAGAAUCAGUGGCUAAUGGUCUGAAUUGAAUUCACCCACCCUGCCUUCUCUCUACCAAGAGGCUCAUGUUGACCUUUGACCCUUUGUGUAAGAACUCAUUUCAUCAUCACUACUUCCUGCUCCCAGCUGCCAUCUGCCCACUCUGUAGAUAGUUAUUGAAGCUUUUCUUUUUCAUGCUGGUUGCCAGGCCAUUCUGUCCUGUCUUUGUGGAAGAAAAAAAAUCUGUUUCUGUUUUUGCAAAAGAAAGGGAGAGUUGGAAGAUGGAGGGGGGGGUAACGAGGGAGGCAGGGCAGUCGGUGCAGCUUUGCUCUUUUGGGAGAUUCAUUAGUCUGUUAUUCGAACUCACAAAAAAUGGAUGGAUGGCUUGUCUUCUCUUUUGGUUAUGAGUAGUGCAACCGACUUUGAAAAAUCACUCCUGGUUAUUUAAUAAAGAUUCUCUAGUUCAGACAUUCAA